GAAAAAUCGUCGAAGAAGAAAAACGUUUGCUUUAUUGCUACUUGUGUGCCCAAUCAGCUAUCCCAUUCUUUGACGGCUAAUCGACAUCAAUUGCUGGCUCUCUUGAAGCAGUAUCUACCGAACCAUACGGCGGUUGAGUUUCACGACGAUUUGCGAGACAGAAAUGGCGACUUUAGAAUUGCGAAAUAUGUGAAGACUUUAGAUGAGUAUGAACGGUUGCCGGAUGGAGACGAGCUAACACACGACCGUGGUGAACAAGUUAAAAUCGAUGACCAGCCCGUCCCGUCCACUGACUUCACACACGGA